AGCAAAGCAAGUACUCGAGAAAAACCAGUAGAGAGAUUGAGAUAGAACGAGAGGAACAGGUAGCGUUCUGAAGGGAAAGAAGGAAAAUGGCCGACGGAGGAGUAAAUGUUGGAAGUUGCAACGACAGGUGUGGCUGCCCUUCUCCAUGCAUCGGCGGUCAAUCUUGCAGGUGUAAUCCUAGUGCAAGUUCUGGUGAUCCAGAGAUGCAGCAUAUGCGCUGCUCCUGCGGUGCACACUGCGGCUGCAACCCGUGUACAUGCACCAAAGCAGAGGCCGGUACUGGCAAGGCUUUCUGCAGAUGUGGUGAAGGCUGCACCUGUGUUACUUGUGCAUCUUAAGGAAGCACAAGUAAUGUCUUUCGUUUUUUCUUCUAAGUGAGGCAGGCAUCCUUUUUAUUUUUUUUAUUU